AUGCUAGAAGCCGCUUUCUAUGAUUCGUGGUCGCCCGGCCCGACAUCGUGCCGGGGCCAGGCUUCGCCAAUGGACGCCAGUAUCAUGAAAAAGAAGCUGCUCGUUCUGGGCAAUUUGCUUCAAGACUUCAUCUCCGACACGACUGCCAACCUCGAGGAUCGGAUUUGGAUUUGGCAGCGCUACGGUACGGCGUACCACGCCAUGUAUACCCUCUUCGAGGUCACAUUUGCUGGCAACUGGCCCACGAAUGCGCGCCCGGUGCUGCAGCGUGUCAGCCAGACUUUCGUGAUCUUCUUCGUGCUGUAUAUCUCCAUCAUCGUUUUCGCUUUGAUCAGGGUGAUAACGGCCAUCUUCCUGAAAGAUACUCUUGACGCGGCCCAGGCAGAUGCGGAGAACUUAGUUGUCGACAGGUUGAGAAAGAAGGCCGAGUAUGUGAACAAGUUGCAGGCGGCAUUUAACGCCAUCGACAACAGCGGGAACGGAAUGAUUUCUGAAGAGCAGUUGACCACCAUCUUCAGCAACCCAAAGGUCGAGGCGUACUUUCAGACGCUGGACGUGGAUGUCACAGAAGGCCACGCACUUUUCCACAUGAUCGACAACGGUGACGGCCAGGUCACACUCGACGAAUUUAUUGAUGGAAUUUUACGUUGCCGGGGGCCGGCACGCGCCCUCGAUCAGGUGGCCAUGCGUGCAGACCUGAAGAGCCUCGACUCCAAGCUUUCCCAGCUUGUGGAAAAAGUCACAGGAACCAAAGUGCCCCGAAAGAGCACCGUGAACAUUGCGCACAACUUCCGGUCGAUGGAGGUGGCUAGCACCGCACAUCAACAUGUCUUCUGA